AUGAACUGGGCAAACAUGUCAGAGGAUAAGAGCAAGAGAUUGAAAAUUGUACAGAUUACAUGCGCCAGUAUAUGGUGUUUGUUCUCCGCUGGUAUUGUCUUUGGUUUCGCAGCAUUAAAGACAAUCUUGAUCAAGGAAGGAAUAUAUGCUGAUAUGUGUCAAAAUGACAUUGGGAUACUCAAAGCCAAAGGUCCUUGUGUUGAACAAGAUUUGAAAUUGAACUUUUUGUUCACUGCAGCGGCAGGUGUCACCAAUGUGAUAGCGUUGCCUGUUGGAACAAUUUUAGAUCGUUAUGGACCUCGUGUCUGCGGUAUAAUUGGAGCUUUCUGGAUUAUAUGUGGGUCUCAGAUGUUCAUUUGGUCUGAUUCACUCUUAAAAUAUACAGAUCCUUAUUUGACGGGAUACAUCCUUUUGGCAGUCGGAGGCCCUUUUGUAUUUAUUUCAUGCUUCCAAUUGGCUAAUACUUUCCCCAAAAGAUCAGGCUCUAUCCUCUCUCUAAUUACAGGUACAUUUGAUUCUAGCGCAGCAUUGUUUUUGUUUUACAGAAUCAUUUAUGAAAAAUGGGAUUCUGAUCUGCAUCUAUCGAAAUUCUUCAAAAUUUAUCUUGUUGUUCCACUGUUCAUUAUUUUCUGUCAGUUGUUCUUUAUGCCCCAUGAAUCUUAUAAAACACAAGGCAAUGUUAUGAAGCUAAGUGUCGAAGGUCUUGACGAGAACGGUCAUCUUUUAGAAGGUGACGAUGGUUCUGCUAUUAUCCCUGAUCAACAGGAGCGUCAAUCAUUAUUGUCUCAAGAAACAAUGGAACAAAAUGGAAUUUUAACUGCGCAGAGAAGUCGCCAAAAAUCGGUAUUGGAAACUUACGUGGAGGCUAAACUAGAGAAAAAAACUGGGGGAAUUUUCGGCAUAUUGCAUGGUUAUACCGUAAGAGAGCAGUUGAAAAGUCCUCUUUUCUACUUGAUGGUCAUCUUUACCACCAUUUGCAUGUUAAGAAUUAACUAUUUUGUUGCCACUAUAAGAUCACAAGAGGAGUAUUUACUUGGAGAUUUUGAAAAGGCAGCCACCAUGAACUCAAUUUUUGAUGUAGCAUUACCUUUGGGUGGCCUAGUAUCAAUUCCUUUGACAGGCAUAAUCCUGGAUCAUUUCAAAACCCUAGACACACUUGCUAUUGUCAUGGGUACUUCCAUUACAAUUGGAAUAUUGGGUUUGAUUCCGCAUUCCUUUGUGUCCAAUUUAAUUGGUAUUGUACUUCUUGUUGUCUACAGACCAUUCUACUACACUGUCGUUUCCGACUAUGUGUCCAAGGUGUUUGGAUUUGAUACUUUUGGAACAAUAUAUGGUACACUGAUCUGUAUUUCCGGUGUGCUGAACAUGUUUCAAAGUGUUUUGGAUGCUUGGACUCACAAUAUAUUCAAGAUGAACCCAUUUCCAAUUAACUUCGUGCUAGUGCUGGUGACAAUUAUAUCAGGUUCGGUGCUGUUACAAAGAGCUCACAGGGAAGUUCGUGAGAAACAGGCCGGCAAACAGUCACUGCCAGAGGAAGAAAUUGCAUCGUCCAGUAAUACUACUACCUACGGCACUAAUUAA